ACCCCGUUGUUUUGCAUCAAGAAAAUGCAAUGGCCGCCAUCUUCGACUCUCGUGAAUGUUUUGAUCGUAGUUUCGGACUUUGAGGCCAAUUUUACAAGUGAUAUGCAGUUAUUUGACGGAAAUUGUUUCGCUACACUAUAGGAGUUAUUGUCACGUUCACGCGCAGUCACAUGAAAUAAGGUCAGAGGCCGCAGUGGUCUCCUCGGCGUCAUCUCGGGCUUGACCCAAGAUGAUAAUAUUUACAGCAUGUCAGCUUCUCCAGACUUUGAUCCUGCUGCCCGGCAAGAUUACCGGCCGGCCACCUCCAGUGAAAAUGUGUAUGAACAUGUUAUGGAACAUAAAUUAGCAGAUAAUAUGAGUGUACCAAGCAUUAGAACUCCAGUUUUAAGGGCUCUGCCCCUUUCCCCCACUGAUGGUGACCCUGAACCUGAUUCUACUCACCCAGAAAGUAUUAUCCAGUCUGCACGCAGUAAUAUUGAUAAAGAAGUAGAGUACCACAUUACUGACAAGAGACGGGACACAGAGAUGUCUGUAGAUGCAUUAUCUGGACUUGUAAGGAUUGAGGAAGGUCUUGAUAAUGUUGGACGCAUCACUUACCCUAUUAUACAAGAAGGAGAUGACUCUGGUGAUGGCAACUAUGAAAACACAAGUGCCACUCUCAUCCAGGCUCCACUGAACACUGCAAUUGUUCAGAAUGUCGCAAAGCUGCCACAGAACUUCACUAUAAAUGUAGAUGCCACUGUAAGCAACAUUACAGCUAUUCAAAAUGUAUCACAAGAUGUUGGCAAUCAGACUCUAUGGCUGCCCACUAUUCUCACAAGCGCUGCCCCUACUGACAGCAAGAGUGAAGAGGAGAGAUCACAAUCUGGUCUAUCACAGAUCAUUAUAACCAGUGAAAGCUAUGUCAAUGAUACAAAUCAAAUGGGAAGACGGACAAAUAUAGUAACGGAAACUAGCUAUGCAAGCCGACCCAAAUCAUCAAAAGUACAAAUUUUGAGCAACAUAUCUAUCCCAAAGAACACAAGUUAUUCAUCACAGUAUAUAACCCAGGGCAAAGAUCUCGCCUCACCAGUGUACGGCACACAGAACCAUGUGUACAAGUUGAGCACUAAUGUGAUGUCACAAAAGCAUUUAAAUAAUUCAGUACUAUGCUCGAAGCCUCCAAAGAGUCAGUCUUUAAUUGGCUGCUCUACGUUGUCACCUCAAGUAAUCAGCAGCCCUAUCAAAAACGUUUCUUAUAGCCACACUUUUACGAAAAGCUCUAAUUUGAAAUCUCUGGGCAAAGUGAACAAUGGUGCUAACUUAAACGCCGUGGUCGCGGCGUCCUCGGGAAACACGCAGUGUCAUAUACUAUCGCGGGUCGUCUCAGGCCCUAAUAAGAUGUCCGUUCACUCGGGCAGAAAAUCUCUAAAUACUUUGAAACAGGCAAAAAAUUCCGGCCAGCUCUCGGGACAGAAGAAUCAAUCGAGAGCUAUCAAAAUAAUACAGCAGGCAGGCACUGCGCAUAAAUCAGAGUCCAAGGCCUGGCCUGUCGCUAGUGUGGCUACAUAUAAGAACCAGCAGCCGAUAUAUGGUGUAGUGGAUUCAAACACAUCUAAGAUCAUACAGAAAGUGGGUAGUCCGACACAUAAGAGUCAUCAUCAGAUUCAAAAGUUGCCUUCUAAAGGUGAGAGGUUGGUUCUCCAAUCGCCUUGUGGGCCCGUGCUUAUAUCCACAGCGCCUAUAAGCACAAGUAUGCCGCGCGGGCCUCACUACGUCCAGUCUGGUGCCACGCCCAACUUGAGAUACGUACAGACCUACACUCCAACAGACAAUCAGCUCUCUACUGUAUCUCAAGUGUCAGCAAACCAGCAGCUGACUGCUCAGAUAUUGCAAUCGCUAGCGCAGCCCAAGCUGAUGUUGCAUCCCAGUGCAAAUUCUCCACUGAUACCACCUCCUCAACCUGUGGAGGAACAUAUGGAGCCAAAACCGAUUAAUCAAAGGAGGAUUGUGUUCGGUGACAAGUCGACACGUUUAACUGCGGACGAUAUAAUCGGCAGCGAGGAGCGCCCGAAUCUAUCGGAAGAACUACAGCGGUAUACCUUCCACGACCUGGCACUCGUGAUGUUGGACCAUACAUACGCGCAGCCCGUGCAGAAGCAGCCCGCGCCCGCGCCGCCGCCCGCCCCCGCCCCCGCCCCCGCGCCCGUCUAUGCGCCGCCGCUCCCGCUCCCGCCCGCGCCCGCCGUCGCGUCCCCUCCGCCGGGGCCGACGCCUCCGAGCCCGUUGAAGAGGCACUCGCCCGUCAUCAUGUCGACCGUGCCUUACGAACCGGCCGCACCCCUGGUAGCACCAAUCCCCGCCGCUCCACCCCUGCCCCUGAGUACUCUGAGUUACAAGCCUACCCCGAUACAAGAGGACGACACCGCGUCCGUCAUCUCGUCGAUCGACGGCGACCGUCGUCCCGCCGCCGGCGGCAGCGACACUGAAACCGCACCGGAAGCCGAGGAGGAAGGAAAAACUCGAUGCGUCUGCGAGUUUACACACGACGACGGAUACAUGAUCUGCUGCGACCGCUGCGGCGAAUGGCAGCACGUUGACUGCAUGGGCAUCGACCGGAACAACAUCCCUGAUGCCUACAUGUGUGAACUGUGCCAACCUCGAGCUGUUGACCGAAGGCAUGCGCGAGCGAUCCAGCUACGAAAGCGAGAGGAACUCAACGCGCUCGGCGCUUCCGAUACGGACUCUUCAGAAACCACCAGGGUGCCCGGAGGGCGCCGCAAGCGACUCCUCACCGUCACCACUUACACUGACACCAGUGGGUCUUGUGUCACUACGUAUAAUACGGCCUCCCCUGCCGUGCCUACCUUACCACCGCUACCCCCGAUGCCGCAACCGACUCUCACUCUACCCAAACGCGGCCCUAAGCGCCCUAAGAAGGCAGAAGUUGUCAGAAAAGGCACCAAGAGAAAACUUACAGAAAAGAGAGUCAAACGCAAGAAGGAGAUGAUGAUGAACCGAAGCAAGUUCGCCACGAGCGUAACCAGCCAAUCACAUUGGGGUGAAUCGUUUGAGCAAGCGAUGACUAAUCAUUACAGCCCUGAACUGAGGGCGAAAAUAAUGAAAUACAGCAGUAAACUAGGCAACACGACGAACACGUCAUCCGCUAUUACGGCGCAUUUGUGUACCACUGUGCCCCACGCGGGCGGCAAAAUCCUUAUUGCGACAAAGGACUUGAAAGAAAACACGCCAGUCAUAGAGCUUAGAGGGAAAUAUAUGUUGUCGAACCAGCACAGGCCGCAGUUACAAAAUUCAGCGCGUGCGGGCAGCCAGAAACCUGGGCCUUUCGUCUUCUUCUACAGACUGCCUAAGGAUAACACGCAAAUCUGUAUCGAUACAAGAACGUAUGGCAACGAGGCGAGAUUCGUAAGGAGAUCUUGCAAACCCAACGCCGAGCUCCAACACUGCAUAAUCAAAGGCGCGCUACAUGUUUACUUAUACACUGUUGGAACAAUCCCCUCGAAUACAGAAAUAACAGUCGGGCACGACACUAACGGCAGCAAGCAGCCGUGCGCCUGCGGAAACCCUAAACACUGCAAGGUCAACGGUUUAACUUCUUCACUAGUUGCGAGGAAAACCAUGGAAUACCCUCCAAGAGAAAAGAGGAGUAGGAAUAGGUGUUCCAGCUCAUCUUCCCCUGCGUCGCCACCGCUGGCACCCGUCCUAGCUUCCCCGGCUAAAGAAUACCCUUGCCCAGUAACACCCGUCAAAAUAGAAAAGAAAUCACCCCUCAAAUACGAAUACUCUCCAAUGUCUCCCGUAAAAAAUGCCAUCAUGGCCCUCGACUUUGACCAGCCAAUGAAAACAGAGACCCCAGAAGAUAUCAAACCAGAAAUGGAUUUAACGGCCAAAGAGGAGAUGAAACCGGAAAUAGACGAGCCAGAUUACGUGAAAAUGGAAACUGAGGAGGAGAAACCAGCAGAACCGGUCCCAGAUCCUGAGCCUCAACCUGAACCGGAACCGAUUAAAGCAGAACCGGAACCAAUCAAAGAGGAAGUACAACCUCAAAAAGAAGAAGCUAAGGCAGAACCUGAACCUGAAGAAGAAAUACCCGUAAAACAAGAGGUGCUAAAAGAAGAAAUAAAAGAAAUUAAAGAGGAAAUAAAAGAAGAGCCUAAAGAAGUUAAACAAGAGAGUCCAAAGAAAGAGUCGCCUAAAAUGGAAGAAAGGGAGCGUAGGACAAGACGAGAUGGUUUAGAAGAUGAAAGACCAGCUACACGGGAAUAUACAGCCAAAUCGGCAUGCCACGAUCGAUCGUCCAGGUCUAGUAGGAACACUUGUACGAACCAGGACUCUUUGGAUGAUAAAACUGAUGAUUCGCAGGACAAACUGCCAACCAAUAAGGAGAAGGAUAAGAAGAAAAUGACUCGUGAGGAGCGUAAAAUGGAAGCGAUCAUGAAGGCGUUCGAACGCAUGGAGAAAGCAGAACAACGUAAACAAGAGGUGAAAGAACGGCAAAAACGGAGGGAAUCCGAUCCUCACCCAAAUGCGGUGGACAAGGAUGACGAUGAUGACUUUCAGUGCAGCUCGAAAAAGAGGAAGAAACGCAAAGGCCGAGCCCGCACAACUUCCCAAUCCAACCGGCGGCGACUGAACUCGGCCGACAGCGACCUGGUGACGUCGGGCGACGAGCCGCGCACGCCGCCGCGACCGCCGCGCAGGGACAGCGCGCCGCACAACAACGAGGCCGACAGGAACAACGAUGGGAUCAAUGAAGAUCUUGGCCUAAGCUCAGCAUGUUUACUAGUAGAAGCCGCCGUCGGUUCAGUGGAAUCCGCCUUUAAACUGCCUAAAACUAAGAAAACUAUGGCCACGGAAUGGAUCGGUCGCUCGCCCGAGCGGACGCCGUCGCCCUACAGGUCUCCAUACCGACCGCCUUUGAUGUCCGCCACAUCUCUAGAGAGCCUCGUGAGAGUUGCCUCGACGAUGAUUGGCGAUUUAAGUGGUGCCCCUGAUUUCCACGAGGAAGAUGCGACAUCCCCACCCAGAACCCCCGGCCGGGAUCGAAGCAGACCCCCGAAGAAGGCUAGAAGGAUUACUCGGAGCACCCCUCCGACUGAAAUCGUAGAAACGACGCCUACUGUGAUACCCCAGCAUAGUGCUAAGAAACGGUGGCUGAGACAGGCCAUCAGUGAAGAAAGCGACUCUCCUAAUGCGGAUGCGUUUGUUGCAGAAUCUCCGCCCAACGAAAUAGUGACGCCAUUGAAGAAGCGACGGUUAGCGAGAGAAUCGCUAUCUUGCGAACCUAAUAAUAUUGUGCCUUGUCACGAUGAGACGUCACCCAAUUUAACGUCCGAGGACUCCCCGGUGAAGGACGACGGCGCCGGCGGUGUGAUCCGGCAGUACAACGUGCGCGGCAUCAUGGAGGGCGUGUACGGCCGCGACCGCGACCGCACGCGCUCCGACAGCGGUCAGGGCUCCGACGACCAGUGCCAUCCCGACCACGACGUGCUCAACGUCAACAUGGCCACCACCGACACCGAGCACAUCCGCCGCAUCAUCGGCGUGCCCACCCCCGAGGACGAGCUGCCUCCGCCGGCCAAGCCCGACUUCACCACCACCACCAACAACAACAACGUCGAACCCGACGACCCCAACUACGACAAGGUCCUCCCUAUGGACAUCGACACCACCGUCACCCCCCAACCCAAAUUAGAGAGUAGUGAACCCACCAAUUGUGAUAUCAAAGGUUUGGACCUGCUCAAUGAUAAGCAGAACAGUUCCCGAUCCGCAGAUACUAGUGGAAACUCGUCGCCUCAGCGCGACGAGAUGGACGACAUUCAGAAGAAGAUACACUCCUUCCACACCGAAAACAUUCUCAUCCUCAAGAGCAGGAACAAGAAACCUCCAAAAGAAAAGCGGAAGAAGGUCAAUCUGAACUUCGAUCUCAACAUGGUGGACGACCAAAUCAGUAUUCAAUUGCGCACAGAGAAGGAGAGUUCGAAGUCGCCAGAGAUUAAUGGUGACAUUCACGACGAUAUCAGCAAUUCAGCGUUACCGGCGCCCGAAAACAUACCUUUGCCUGACGAUCCGGGCCCGAUUCCUCCUCUAGAAGCGAUACCGUUACCGGAGGAGCCGAUGCGGCCUAUAAAGAAGCAAUAUACCGGAAACAUGAAGAACUCCAAACUGGUGAUUAAUGGAGUUACGCACGACUCAUACACGAUCGGGGACUCGAUGGCUCUGCCGGCGCCAGAGAACAUCCCCCUGCCGGAAGACCAGGGCCCGCUAUCUGUGAUACCGCCGCUGGAGACGAUUCCUCUGCCCGAGGAGCCGCGGCGGCCGCUAAAGGCCCGAGUCAAGCUGAUGAUGGAAAAAGAGGAGAAGGAAGCGUUAUCCAACGAUACAGACUCAAAGUCGUCCGAAAUCAACGGGGAGAUGCACUCCGAAGUGGAAUCUAUCCCUUUGCCGGACGACAUCCCUUCACUAGAGGCUAUCCCUCUGCCGGAGGAACCGAUGGAACCCAUGCGAGUGCCCGCGUCCCCCGCGAUCAAACCUGAAGAAAAAUCGUUACCGGUGAAAGAUAAACCCUCAGUUCUGGAGAGCCCGCUCCCCUUCUCGUCGAGGUUCAGCUCGACCGGACUGUUCUCGGGGAUCUUCAGCAACUUCUCGCAACCCUACGAAGUGCCGGCGUCCGCGGACCCGGUGCCGUCUAUAAUAAAAAGUGCAAUAGAUAGGACUACAAGUUUAGACAAUAGUAUAUUCGACAAAGAUAGUAUUACGGGUGUGGACGAACUGAAGAGCGUGCAGGAGAUAUUGACUCGCGUGAGCAACAUGGACUCGAAUAACAGUGUGCUGCUGUCGGGGGUGCUGCAGGGCUCCGGGUCGGGCGAGGCGGGCGCGGCGCUGCACGGGCUGCCGGGCCCGGCCAAGCCCUUCGGCGCGCGCGCCUCCGACCCGCGCCUCAACCCGCCGCCGCAGGACAAGCCCAAACCGGUCAGAAGGAAGCUCUCUAUCACCGAAUACCGCAAGCGGCACCGAGGGGCGCUCAACGAGGAGUCGCACCCGUCGGAGGGCGAGGCGCACGGGCCGGAAUGGUCGUCGGAGUCGUCGGGCGCGUCGGGCGCGGGCUCGCUGUCGCCGCAGCGGCUGGACGCGGCCGCCGCCGCCGCCGCCGAUGACCUGGAGCAGAGGCUGCAUCGGGAGCUCGCUAAUACGCAUUUGCCUAAAGUCGCACCUUCGGACAGCGGAGCGCUUACAGGAGUGUUCGACGCACAGCCGACGGCGUCCGAGCGGCAACGGGAGAACCUCAGCUCGCGGCUGCGGCGCGAGUUCGGCCUCGCCCUGCCCGAGGACGAGCGAAACGAGCCCCCCACAGAGGGCGCGGCAGUCGUUCCUUUGCGGCGCUGCGACAGAUAGGCCGUAAGACAUAUAUUUUUGUAAAUCUCACGGCGCAGGGCGCCGCUGUAUAGCUAAGUUAACGUACGUUUUGUAACGCGGGAGCGCCCGAGCGCUCAAACUGUAUAUUUCCGUUUCACUUCAGUGUUUUUUUUUUCACGGUUUUUCUGCAAGUACAAAUUGUUUUUAUUUCCCUUUGUAAAUAUUGUACAUAGGAGAUGAAUUAAGAUAGGAUGUAGUGGUACAUAUGUAUAAUGGUAUAUUUUUUUUAUGUAUGUAUAAUGUUUAUGUAUGUCGGAUAUAUUUAUUUAUUAGAAGGAUCGUCUAUAGAAGGAUUGCUAGGAUUUUUGUACGCAUAAUGUUUAAGUAAAUUAUAGUUGUUUUUAUUAUUUUACUUUUUUAGCGUGUAUAGAGCUAUGCGGGCUCCUCCUAAGUGUAGGUCUCGUUAGGGUAGCGUUUCCGGUGUAACGGUUGGUUUGGAUACCAAUUUCGUGUUAGCCAUUAUUAGAGGUUUAAUCUGUGUUAUAAUUUAAGUGAGCGCUUUGUUACUGCAUAGAUAAUGGCGGCUGCGGAAGCACUUUCAGCCUAUCAUUCGUGUGCGAGGGACUGCCUAUACAAGCUAUUAAUAUGAGAUAGUAAAAAUCGAAAUCGAACUGAACACGUCACACUAAUUUGUACAAGCAAGGACAAGAAUGUUACGUAAAUGUUACGUCCCUAAUCAUCUUUCAAGAAGCGUCUUUGGCAUGGAUGCAGUCCCAUAUAAAUAUUGUUUGGCGUUUUGAGCUCGACUUGUAACGCCAUCUGGUGGCUCACUGAGAAAGAUCUAUCCUUAACUCAAAUGGUUGGUGAAAAGUUAAAAUGGUUGACUACUUGUUUAAGGUUAUGUGCGACUGUAUAAUAAGUAAGUAAUAAAUUAACCAUCCGAGUUAUUGUACAAGUUGUAUGACAUGACAUGUUCCAUUUUGGUCUCAGCGUCCCAUAAUCAAGGUACUGGGCAUUUUUAGUCCCGCAUCACAAAGUCGAAACGGCUAGCUCCGAUCCACACACGCACGUUAUCGUUGGAAAUUAUUGCAAACGGCAAAAUAGUCAACAUGUGUAGCAACAAGCUUCAUUUUGACAAUGGUUGACUGGUAAACAAUGACUUUAAGUCCGCCAUUUGUAGAGAUAAAUGCAUCCCCUCAUAUAAGUUUGUAUUUGCGGGGAUCACUUUCAUUAGCUAGUAAAAUUACUGACUAGUUUUAGCAAAAUUUAUCUCGAAACGCACAUACUAGUCUAGCACAGUUUUGUAGCAAAUUUUGUUAAUUCAGUAUGCAGGUAUUUUUGCCCCACAUAAGGUGGAGUAGAAAAUGUUUUAACUUGUAUUGCAUUUAGCAAAGCUAUUAAUAAUUAUUAUAAAUGCGAAAGUAACACCGUGCCUGUAUCUCUGUUACUUAUUUACUAUGAAACCAAUUUUGAAGCAAAUAUGGGAUUCUCAAGUCUUCCGUUAGUGGGGAAUUGGGGAUGGAAGUAGGCGCUACUUAUUUUAGGAAACACCUCACUCUCCUAGGAGGUGGGAGGGCUAAUAACAAACCGAAUCCCACAAGGGCAGAGACGCGAGCACAGCUAGUAUAAUAUAAGCAUUCCUUGAUUGGUAUUUGGCUAUUUUUAGGCUAUUUAAAUUUGGAGCUUUAUUAUAGAUACUAGCAAAUAUAUUGCGUUCAAAAGUUAGCUCUAAAUUGUUAAAUCAUGUCACAUAUUGAAAUUUACACGUAUAGGCUCACUUGUUUCGACAAAAAAAGCCGUACUGCAAUGAUUUGCUUCUAUAACUUCAUAAGAAACUAUGCCUUUACUGCCAUAUUCAGAGAAUCGUAUGGCAUACACUGAUCAGUGAAUUUUAGCACUUAUUGUACACAAAACAAGGUGCAUACACGCAGUGAGUUAGAUUUAACAAUAGCUAGUAAAUAGAAGUUAUUCGUCUCAUCGAAGCGAUCGUAUAGUGGCUGAAUUAUAAAAGAGAGACAUACUUAAAUAGAGUGCUGAAGUGAAAAAAUCUUGCUGACAAAAUAGGAUUUUUGUAGUAUUUUUUACAAAAACUAGCCAAUAUAUUAGAAAAUCAUAGGCGGAAGGAGCCUUGUAAAAUUGAAUAUAAGUAAGGCUUUAAUUUAUUUGAUUACGUCUACAGUUUAUUUGAUUAAUUUGUUUAACGAAACUUACCCGUAACUUUACACAAUAAAAUCAAAUAAAUUGAAUGAAAGAUGAAUGAUGAUUGAUGAAUUGAAGUUAUACUUUUUAAUAUAUCCGCGUGAAAAAACCGUCUAGUCUAGUGGGAUGCUGUUUUGACAGCACGUUUUUGGGUUUAUUUCAGCAAUCUAUUUUAAAAUAAUUUUAACAAAACAAUUUCACAUCCAACUGCAACCCCCGUAAGUACCAUGUCUAUACAACAUGAUGUUUUUAUCUUCGUGCAAUUAGGAGCUCUGUAAAUAUUUUAUUGAGUGGUAAAAUAGCCAAUUAUAGACUCUAUAGAUACAAUUUUAAUUAAAUAAGCCGUGAUUUCACAAUGAUUUUGUAGGUCUGUAGGAUAAUCGGUAAAAAUUUCAUGUUGUAUAUUAAGAUUUGGAAGCGGGCAUAGUUUUCGUGUUUCGAUCAUAAUCAACGUUGAGGUACAAAUAUAAUAAAAACGACAGAAGGAGAAUAGUUAUUUUUCUCCGUCUUUAUGCAUGUUACAGACGUCAUAUCAGUACGGUCUUGUAACGUCAAACGUGUAGUAUUGUUCGUUUGUCAUAACGCUACAACCAGCAUUGAGAUACUUGUAAUUUAUUUGCUAGAAUUAUGUUUAACAACAGAUGUUACAUCGAAAGCCAUUACAAUUCUGCCGACGUACGCUGUGCAAAUUUUACUAUAAAUACUUACCCAUAUUGACCUUAGUAUAUGGGAGACAGACUAGGUCUCUGAAAACAUAUAAAAACUCAAAAAUGUGCGUUUUCCCAGAGAUAAGACCUCGUUAGAUCGAUUGUUCGCCCCCGAAAACCCCCAUAUAGCAAAUUUCAUCGAAAUCGUUAAAGCCGUUCCCGAAAUAUAUAUGUAUAUUUACAUAGAAUUGCUCGUUUUAAUAAGAAAGGUCGUAACCAAAACUAUGAUCAUGCUUCCCCAAACUCUAUAAGUCACGCAGCUACAGUUUAGAAGCCGAUUACAUAUUACCGAUGUCUCUGGCUAUAAGAAGACAGACAUAUCUGGUUUUACUUUAAGUCCAAUCUAUUAUCAAACUACCUAUUAUCAAGCUGUUAAGGUACAAUUGUCAACUUAAAUAAUAAUAAACAAAUAAACAAACCGAAGAAGGGGUUUUACGACUCCCAACAGAGGCUUAAGAACAGCAAAAUAUAAAGUUUAUGCAAAAUAUAGUUAUGCUUUCUAUGUAUAUCGUAUGUAAUUAAUCUGUUCUAAACUAUGGCUGCGAGAUCAUCACUAUUCUUACAUACAUACACUAUACAAUAAUCGCGAUGACAACGAGUAAAUGUUGUGCGACACUAAACCCAAUGAAUUAGUGAACCUAUACAUUUGCAAAAUAUUUUAUUCGUUAAUAGGCUAAAAGCUAAAACGUUGCAUUUACACAUAACACAGUUAAAACACUUAGUGUAAGGGCUGAGUGGACGCUUGAGUUGAGCGUGCGUUGGGGCGGGGCGUGCGGCGUGCAUGUUAAACAAAUGCAAACGUAUAGGAGCGGCCUUACGAGUAGUGCGCGCAGGGGACCGUUUAUCAAAAGCUUGUAGCUUGUAAUACAAGUGGAAGUCCCUUUCUAACAAAAGCUGUCAAAAAGGACUUCCGCUUGUAUUACAAGCUACAAGCUUUUGAUAAACGGGCCCCUGCUCACAUCACUUGUGAGCCAGACGGGCCGACGCCACGCUGCACGCCCCACCGAACGCUCCGCUUUGAGCGUCCACUCAGGCCUUACACUUUAAUUAUAAAGCUGUAAAAAAAUAGGCAGAAACAACGUGAUUCUUUUAUUAUUUCUUUAUUUACUGUCUUCGAAAAUAUGCAUUUAAAAAUCUCGUAAGCCCAUUGCGGACUCGGUGGAAAUAGCAAAAACUGGUAGCCAUUGCCCUACAACGCACUAUCAGAAGAAAGAUCUGGUAACGCCAUCAUAGCAGAUUUCACCCCCAUUGAUUUCAUUGUAACAUAGUAUUAUGAAAUUAGAUUUAUUGAUGAUUUGUGGCCUAAUAAACGUACGAUAGACGAGCCAACGAGAGAUGAGGUUGCAAAUUAGUUAAGUUUACGUAGUGGCACAGGUGGUACGACCAAUAUGCUACAAAUACAUAAACUAAAUCUUUCGGUUCUAAAUCUUAACGGAUUUUAUUUUCAAUAAUUUUUUAGCGUUUUCACUUGUGAUCCUGUUCGGAUACGGCUGAACUUAUUUACUUCUUCGCAUCGAAGCAACAAAAAUCGUACCUACCCCACAUGUCUUAUGUAUUACGUAUUUAGAGUUAUGUUACUUCCUAGGAGUUAAACUCUCUUCAGUCGUUUUGUGUUUACAAUAAAACAGAUACAUUUCAUAAAAAUGGUUAUAAAGCAGUUGUUCUUACCGCCUAAGCCAGUGUAAUGUAGCAGCUACGUGUAAGCUCCCAGUCGUGCGACUCCAUCCCUCACAGUUGCUCAAUGAAAAAUCGUCUGCUUUUCGUGUUCGAUAUACUUGAGAUUUUUGUAUCCCCCUAUUCCCCCUAAUCUGAAUGUUAGAGUAGUACGCGUUCCUGAUAGGCAGACUAGAUACGAACGUGAAUUGAAUUUUAUCUUUAUUUAGGCCAGUGCUAGGAUUCAGGUGGUUGCUAAUGUUACUAUUAGUCCCCAUUUCGCCGGUAAAUACCGGUAAACAUUAUCAGUGAAUAUCGGUAAAUACCGGUAAACUUUUUUUAGCAUAAAGAGAAGCGGGGAUGAAUAGGAUUAGCCAAUGAUUUCUCACAAAUACAGCAUUUAUAGAUGACUGUCUAGUCUGUGCGCUUCCAGUGUUAUAUUUAAGCAUAUUAGUUAUUUCGUUUCGUAUAUUUAGUACACUACAAUAUUCAUCACAUUUUCUCGUGUCAUAAUAGGUUGGAUAACCAUAUUGGUUUAUGUAUUUGCUUGUUUGUAUCACAUAUGAUAUGUUCUUAAAUAUGUAUGUCCAAGUUCUCAAUAAGAGUUCAUUAGAGCAACAUGUUAUAUUUUACUUUAUGAAAAAUAGUUACGUAUAAUUAUGGCAAGCAUGUAUCUGAAAGCGCACGGCCAUAGACAACAGUUCAACAGUAAGAGCUGUGAGUUGUGUUACUCUUUGAUUUUAAAGACAGUGCAACACCCGGUACACGAACGCUAUGCUAUCACGCAGAAACUUAUUUAAUUUUAGCUUACAUAAAUUAGGGUAAAUGCAUUUAUUGUACUACUGUACUACUUUUUGACAGAAUUUAAUAUCCUGGUGGUGCCAAUAAAUGGAUUCUAUCCCCCUAUUCUGUCUCGUUACACCAGUCCAUUUCAGGACUAGUUUUUAAACAUUUAAAGCUUAAUUUAAGCAGUUUAAUUUUAUUGCCAGUUCUCGUGGGCGACGCUAAGACGCAACGGAAAUAGUUUGUUAAAUUUUACUUUUUAUUUAUUUUCUUUUUUAUUUACCUUCGCAAAUUGCCUGUAUAGUGUUUCACUGGCUACUUAAUACUGCAAUUCAGUUUUAAUGCAUAAUUAUAUCUAAGUCGUUAUGUUGCAAUAUUUCACCUAAUGGUUACAAAUAUACAAUAUUUUAGCAGCUUUCAAUAAUUCGUAAAUAAAAUUUGAUUUUAAUGCUUUAUAAUUUGUUUUGUAUACGAAUUAUAGCUUUUUUUUAUAUGUUUUGUGAUACAAUCAAUUUUAGAUCAAUAAUCUAAAUAGGUAAAUUGUCCCUAGAUAAAAUGAGCUUGUAAAUAUUUCGAUCUGGUUGUUUAUUAGACUACAGCAUACUGCUUAUUGUGGCCGACUGUUGAAGUGAAAUAACCACCAGUUUUUUUAGUGGAAAGUAAAUGAAAAUGGUUAUUUUACAAUGUGGUUGAAAUUAUUUGAGCUGAACGUUCAAAUCUACGUUCCAGGGGCCUAGUUAAGACGACAAUCUCAUUUGGCGUUUGUCGACGAAAAGUCACGUGACUUUUUUAUACAUUUAAGUUUUGUUAUGGCGUUUUCUAUUCGUGAAUGUCUAUGUCAUCUUGGGAUAGGCCCUCUGGUUAGUUAAAAACAUAUUUCUAAUUAUAAUAACAGUUGUAACAAAUAAUUUCAACUACCUUCACACGUCCUAACUGUGAACUGUCACUUGUGAAGUGAUUUUAUCAGUAUUGUGCGAGACGGUGGUGUUGUAACAUAAGAGGCCGUCCGCCGUGGACCGUCGCAUAAUCAACACGUAGAGUUUUUAGAUACGUUUGUGAUAAUCACAGAAGCUAUCAUCUGUAGAGCGUUUAUGUACAUAGUAGCGGGUAAUAUGUAAGUGAAAAGCUAUAUUUUGUUAUUGUAAAACGAAAUGCGCCCUCUAGUUUGCCAUACCGCAAUCCUUUCGUGCUCCCGGCCCGUAUCGUUUCUGUGACGUGUUACGAUUAACCAGUGUUGGCCGAAACGUUAAUGCAAUUAACCAGUACAAAUUAAACCGUAAACUGUAACCGUCCGUUACGGUUUACGGUUCAAUUUGUACUGGUUAAUCGUUAAUUGCAAUUAACGUUCGGCCAACACUGCGAUUAACUAUGGAAUAUUUUGCAAUAUAUUAAUAUAAUUUUUUUAUUCACUAAGUGAUCAUAAAAUAGAGCUGUAUAUUAUCCAGAUGUUAAAUAUUAUUAUUUCUUUCUUAAUGUUUGAACUAAGCAUGUAAAAUUUAAAAUAAUAAUAUAGAAUAAAAGAUGUUAUGAUAAUUAAUUACAUAAAAUCUUCGUUUGAA